AAGAAGAAGGAAACAAGUGAGUGAGUGAGUGAGAUGCUUCUACAAAAUGAAACAUGAAAGCAUAGAGUAACCAGAAAAAUCCCUAAUCCAUCAAAAUCAAAUCAAAUUUCACUCUCUUUCUCUCUUCGAUUUCUUCACCCUCGCAAUCGCUUCAAAUCUCUGCUCGAACCAACCCUAAAUCAAAAUCAAACCCUAACAGCGUUGUAGAUCUGUACAAAUUUGAUUUCUAACCAAUUUUCUUCAUCCAAAUUUCCCCCCAAUUUUUGUUGGGUCCUUGUUCAUACCCUAAGAAAUUCUAGAUUCUUCUUCUCAGAUUUUGCUAGUUUUAGCCCUCAAUCGUAACCCCAUUUCGACAAAUCAUCGUUCCCGAUUCAGAACAAACUCUAGCUUCUUUGUACAUUUUUCGAUUUUGAUAACGUAGGAUGAACAACAACAAUAGAGCGAGAUGCCCACCUCCUGGGAUCGGGUUAGGUCGAGGUAACGGUGGCGGCGGCGGUGGUGGUUUUAACUCGAACCCUGGGUUUCAACCAAGGCCACAUCAACAACAACAACAACAACAUCAGUAUGUGCAGAGGCACAUGAUGCCGAAUCAACAGCAGUACCACCAGCAGCAGCAUCAACAAAAUCAGCCGCAGUACCACCAGCAGCAUCAACACAAUCAACAGCAGCAGCAGCAACAGCAACAACAGUGGUUGAGAAGGACCCAGUUGGGUGGUAAUGACACCAACGUUGUUGAGGAAGUUGAGAAGACUGUACAGUCUGAAUCUGCCGACCCUAGUUCACAAGAUUGGAAGGCAAGACUAAAGAUUCCCCCUCCAGAUACACGCUACCAGACAGAGGAUGUAACAGCAACUAAAGGAAAUGAAUUUGAGGAUUACUUUUUGAAGCGUGAGCUGCUCAUGGGAAUUUAUGAGAAGGGUUUUGAAAAGCCAUCUCCUAUUCAAGAAGAAAGCAUUCCUAUUGCUCUUACUGGUAGUGACAUUCUUGCUAGGGCAAAAAAUGGAACAGGCAAAACUGCUGCGUUUUGUAUUCCCGCAUUGGAAAAAAUUGAUCACGAUAACAAUGUUAUUCAAGUUGUUAUACUGGUCCCAACAAGAGAAUUGGCUUUGCAAACAUCACAAGUGUGUAAAGAGCUUGGAAAGCAUUUGAAAAUUCAAGUUAUGGUUACAACAGGUGGUACCAGCCUGAAAGAUGAUAUCAUGCGUUUAUAUCAACCAGUUCAUUUGCUAGUUGGAACUCCAGGAAGAAUACUAGAUCUUGCAAAGAAAGGUGUUUGCAUUCUGAAAGAUUGCUCUAUGCUUGUUAUGGAUGAGGCUGAUAAGCUUCUCUCCCCUGAGUUCCAACCUUCAAUAGAGCAGCUGAUUCAAUUUCUUUCUCCUAACCGUCAAAUCCUGAUGUAUUCAGCUACAUAUCCUGUUACUGUAAAGGACUUCAAGGAAAGAUAUCUUCGUAAGCCGUAUGUCAUUAACCUUAUGGAUGAGCUAACUCUGAAGGGUAUUACACAAUUCUAUGCAUUUGUGGAAGAGAGGCAGAAAGUCCACUGCCUAAAUACUCUCUUCUCUAAGCUUCAAAUAAACCAAUCAAUCAUCUUCUGCAAUUCGGUGAAUCGGGUUGAACUCCUUGCCAAGAAAAUCACAGAACUUGGAUAUUCAUGUUUCUAUAUUCAUGCAAAAAUGUUACAAGACCACCGUAAUAGAGUUUUUCAUGACUUCCGCAACGGUGCCUGCAGGAAUCUUGUUUGCACUGAUCUUUUCACUAGGGGAAUAGAUAUCCAAGCAGUCAAUGUUGUUAUUAAUUUUGAUUUUCCCAAGAACGCAGAAACUUAUCUGCACAGGGUUGGUCGUUCAGGGAGAUAUGGGCACCUUGGUUUAGCAGUGAACUUGAUCACCUAUGAGGAUCGCUUCAAUUUAUAUAGGAUUGAACAAGAGCUCGGCACUGAAAUAAAACAAAUUCCGCCACACAUUGACCAGGCAAUAUAUUGUAGAUAGUGUGGCAAUUACCUGGGUUUAUCCACAACCGUGAUCAACGACGAUGGGUGUGAUUGCGCUGCCUGAGGUUGGACUAUGAACAAAAUUAGGGCUACUUUUCAGACCCUCUGUUGGAUGGUUUUUGGUUAAUUCUGCUUUUGAGAGCACUGAGACAUUGUUUUUAGGACCUUCAGCAAGUUUAAUAAUGGUUUUUAAAUGCCAGGAUGCUAUGUCCACUUUGGGUUUCCAUGGAUUACUUUUCCGGACAGUGUUUGUCAGUAACUCUUCUUACUCUCGUUUUGUCAAUAAUCCUUGAACUGUUGAGGAAUGUGCCUCAUGAGGAUGUCCCUGUCUAUUCUGUUAUGCUAUUUUAUCUGUCAUUGUGGGUUCACUUAAGCCAUGAGAAUUUUCACUUUUUUUGCUAAUAUUGUGUCACAUGGUUCAUGGUAAUAGUAGUUUAUUCACAAUA